AUGGUUCGGGGAAAUGGGCCCAGUAAGCACCCCUGUACCUGGGACAACGGAGGCUGUUCUCACAUCUGUAUCGUCAAGGGAGACGGAACCACACGCUGCUCCUGUCCUGUUCAUCUGGUCCUGCUGCAGAAUGAACUCUCCUGUGGAGAACCCCCCACCUGUUCUCCAGAACAGUUCUCCUGUGUGUCCGGGGAGGUGGACUGUAUUCCCCACGCGUGGCGGUGUGACGGCUACCCAGAGUGUGAUGACAGCAGCGACGAGGGAGACUGUCCUGUCUGUUCAGAUGCAGAGUUUCAGUGUGACUCCAGACAGUGUGUUGACCUCGGCCUCCGCUGCAACGGAGAGGUCAACUGUCAGGAUCGCUCAGACGAGAACAAAUGUGAAGUGCGGUGCUCCCCGGACCACUUCAGCUGUUCUAGCGGUCAGUGCGUGGGGAAACAUCAGAAGUGUGACCACUCUACAGACUGCUCUGACAACUCGGACGAGAUGGGCUGCUACCCAACAGAGGAGCCGUCCUCCCAGCCCACCAACACCAUCGGCUCCAUUGUGGGGGUUGUCAUGGCGCUGUUUGUGGUGGGCGCCAUCUACUUGGUGUGCCAGCGCGUGCUCUGUCCCCAGAUGAAAGACGACAGGGAGACAGGAACCAAUGAUUUGGUGGUCCACGGCCCUUCUGUUUCUCUGGGUUAUGUACCUCACCCUGCCUCUCUGUCCGGGUCUCUGCCAGGUAUGUCCAGGGGGAAGUCUGUGAUUGGUUCGUUGAGCAUCAUGGGCGGGUCCAGUGGCCCCCCUUACGACCGCGCCCACGUAACUGGAGCCUCCUCCUCAAGCUCCUCCUCCACCAAGGGCACUUACUUCCCCCCGAUCCUGAACCCUCCUCCAUCUCCUGCGACCGUCAGGUCUCAGUACACCAUGGAGUUUGGCUACUCCUCCAACAGCCCGUCAACGCACCGUUCAUACAGUUACCGUCCCUACACCUACAGUCACUUCGCCCCUCCCACAACCCCCUGCUCCACGGACGUCUGCGACAGCGACUACACCCCCGGACGCCGCGCCCCGCCCACCUCCAGCUCCGGCGUCGCCAAAGGUUACACCAGCGACCUGAACUACGACUCGGAACCCUUUCCCCCACCCCCCACCCCCCGCAGCCAGUACCUGUCAGCGGAGGAGAACUGUGAGAGCUGCCCCCCCUCCCCCUAUACGGAGCGCUCCUACUCUCACCACCUCUACCCCCCGCCCCCAUCACCCUGCACAGACUCCUCCUGAAACCCCUCGCUGUACAUAACAAUUGUUGAUAUUGUGUUUCUAAAAGAGGGGGAGGAGAGGAGGCUGCUGAGCGAUGUACAGAACAUAUGAACAGAGAGACAGGAAGCUCGGGGUGGAAGAAAGAGCUCCGGGAACAUUUGUACAUUUUAAAAAUAGAAAAAAGCAUAUCUAUAUAUUUUCUAUACAGCGUUUACUGGAUACACCGUAGAGGUUUGUAUUCAAACAUUUGUACAUUUUAUUUUUUAUUUUUUAAGAAAACGUUUUAUUAAAACCAUCACAAACAUGA